AAUCUUGUCGUGAUCAUGUCGGUCAACCCUGGGUUUGGUGGGCAGAGCUUUAUCGAGAGUCGAGUGAAGAGAAUCUCGGACUUGAGAAGAAUGUGUGCAGAGAAGAUAUACACAGGGAGUAAACCAUGGAUUGAAGUGGAUGGCGGAGUUGGUCCUCAAAAUGCAUACAAGGUUAUUGAGGCUGGAGCGAACGCUUUAGUUGCUGGUUCAGCUGUGUUUGGAGCCAAAGAUUACGCCCAAGCCAUUAGAGGAAUCAAAACCAGCAAAAGGCCGGGAGCAGUCGUGUGACUAAUGAUCUGUAUCUAUCUCCAUUUCCAUUUAGG